AUGGGCCGUUCUGCCCUUCAUUUCUCAGCCUCGGAAAAGGCAGCUGCUAGUCGCCAGAGCAGUCUCAAGCAUUCCCAGAAACUCUCUGUAAAGCAGCAGCGUUCUGAGCGUACAACCUCUGUGCAUCGCCGGAAAGGUGCCCGGAAACUCGCAUCCUUGUCCUCUGCACCUCCUCCGUCCUCUGCCAUGCUCGAGGAGGCAGCUCUGCCACUGCCCCAAGAACAUCAUCUGUACCAACAGGCUCUUGCCUCUCCUGACGCUCUCGAUGAGUCCGACCUUCAACGCUGGAAGUCAGCUCCGCCGUUUGUAGCAGACGACAAUGACUCUGAUUGUCUGUCAAUGGAUUAUCUCUCGUACACAUCAUCUCUCUCUGCCGUGCUGCAUGGUGUUCGACUCCGGGAGCAACGUGCACGAGAUCUCAAGCUUCGGCAAGCCUUCAGAACGCGCCAGAGAACAGCAGCAUUGAGCUCUCUCACUGCAGAGGUUGUGCGGCUGCACCUGGAUUGGGAGGCCGCCCAGCUUAUGCUUCAGAAUGAGCACUAUCAUCCUGUUUUGCACCCUCGUGAGCUGUCCAUGCUCAAGCAUCAUUGUCACUGGGUUGCACGUACGAUCGUACAUCUGCAUGGAUUGAAAUUCCUUGAAUAG